AUGGACCAAAAACGGUGGCGGUGCGGGCUGUCGCGGGGCGCGGGGCCGCGUGGUCGGGGGCCGGGCGGCGCGGCCGGCCGCUGGCCCUGGGCGGUCAGCCUGCAGCUGCGGGGGGGGCACCGCUGCGGGGGCGCCCUGGUCAGCCCCGAGUGGGUGCUGAGCGCCGCCCACUGCUUCCAGGGCCCCGGGGGGCUCCGGGCUCCUCUCUCCGAGUGGCGAGCGGUGCUGGGCCGGCUGCGGCUGCAGAGUGACCACGAGAGUGACCACGGGAGUGACCGCGGGAGUGACCGCCCGAGUGACCACGGGAGUGACCACCCACUGACCACCCGAGUGACCACGGGAGUGACCACGAGAGUGACCACGGGAGUGACCACCCCACUGACCACCCCACUGACCACCCCAACGGAUCCCGGAGUGACCGCUGGAGUGACCACGGCGAUGGACACCGGGCUGACCCCGGGAGUGACCACGGCAGUGACCCCUCGAAUGACCCCUGGAGUGACCGGGAGCAGGGGCCAGGAGCUGGCCGUGGCCGAGCUGAUCGUGCACGAGCGCUUCCGGGGCGUGCGCGGGGGUCACGACCUGGCCCUGGUGCGGCUGCGGCCGCCGGCCGUGCUGGGGCCGCGCGUGGGCCCCGUCUGCCUGCCCCUCCCCCGCCUGCGGCCGCCCUUCGGCCGCUCCUGCUGGGUCACGGGCUGGGGCCACGUGGCCGAGAACGUGUCGCUGCCCGCGGGGGCCCCGCUGCAGGAGGCGGCGCUGCCGCUGCUCUCGCCGCCCACCUGUAACUGCCUGUACUCGAACCUGCGGCGCCGCGACCUCGCCCGGCCCGCGCGGCCCGGCAUGCUCUGCGCGGGGGGGCCCCGCGGCGGCCGCGGCGCCUGCCAGGCGGACUCGGGGGGCGCGGUGGUGUGCGGGGGCGCCCCGGGGGGGGCGCUGGGUGCAUUUCGGGGUGCUGAGCUUCGCCCUGGGCUGCGCCCGCCCCAACGGCCCCGCCCUGGCCACCGCCCUGGGCGGGGCGCACUCGCGCUGGCUGCAGCGCCACCUCCCCCCCAGCGCCUUCCUCAGGGACCCCCCGGGACCCCCCCUGCAGCCCGUCUCGGAGGUCGGCAUCUGCUACGGGCUCAGGACCCCGAGGCCUGGGAGGCGGAGCUCUGGGGGGCGGAGCCUGAGAGCCCCGCCCCUUCCCCUUCUGACCCCGCCCCCUUCCCCUCUAACUCCUCCCAUUCCCCUUCUGGCCCCGCCCCUUCCCAUUGCAGCCCCGCCCCCUCCCCGUAUAACUCCUCCCAUUCAUUUCCUGGCUCCUCCCCCUUCCCCUCAGGCUCCUCCCCCUCUCAGCCAGGCCCCGCCCCCUCCCCCUGCAGCCCCGCCCCCUCGGGCCCCGCCCCCUCGCGAGGCCCCGCCCCCCGCGGGCUCCGCCUCCACCUGCACGGCGCCUUCGCGGGGGCGGGGCCCGAGGGGGCGGGGCCGGACCUGGCGCUGCUGAAGCUCCGCCCCCCGCCCGCCUGGGGGCGGAGCCUGCGGCCGCUCUGCGCCCCCUACAGGACGCACCUGGGCGCACCUGGGCGCACCUGCUGGGCCCUGCGGGCAGAGCCGCGUGCCCCCGGCCGGCUGCGCCCGGCCCAGGUGAGCCCCGAGCGCUGCCCCGAAAACGCCGGAAACGGCCCCAAAACCCCCGAGAGCUUCUGCGUCAGCGGCAGCGCCAGCGGGGCGGAUUUCGUGGGGUCCCCCCUGGCCUGCGAGGAGCGGGGGCUCUGGUUCCUGAUGGGCGUGGCCGCCCCGCCCCCCGCGGGGGGAGGGGCCGCGCUGCGCUUCACCGCCCUGCCCCCCCACGAGCGCUGGCUCUCGGGGGUCGCCCGCGAGGUUCUGUUCGCCGAGACCCCCCCGGACCCCCGCGAGCUGCAGCGCGAGGAGCGCCAGGGGGACCCCGACUCCGCGGGGGACCCCGAGUUUGGGGGGGGCCUCGAGACCUGGGGGGACCCCGAGACCUGGGGGGAGCCCGAGUUUGGGGGAAAUCCCGAAUUUGGGGGGGGCUGGGGGCACCCGAACGGCUCCAGCAGCUCCGAAAAUUUGGGGACCCCCGGGGAUUUGGGGACCCCCGUGACGUCAGCAAACCCCGAAAAUUUGGGGACCCCCGUGACGUCACCAGACCCCGAAAAUUUGGGGACCCCCGGGGAUUUGGGGACCCCGAUGACGUCAGCAAACCCCGAAAUUUUGGGGACCGCCGGGGAUUUGGGGACCCCCGUGACGUCACCAGACCCCGGGAAUUUGGGGACCCCUGACACUUUGGGGACCCCGAUGACGUCAGCAGACCCUGAAAAUUCGGGGACCCCCGAUAUUUUGGGGACCCCGAUGACGUCAGCAACACCCGAAGUUUUGGGGACCCCUGAAAUUUUGGGGACCCCGAUGACGUCACCAGACCCCGAAGUUUCGGGGUCUCCCCCCUCCCCCACGGAGCCCCCCGAAAAUUCGGGGACCCCCGGGGAUUUGGGGACCCCGAUGACGUCACCAGACCCCGAAAUUUCGGAGCCGCCCCCAAAUAAUUUCGGGGACCCCCCCGAGAAUUGGGGCGACCCCGAGGCCUGGGCGGAGCCCGAGCCCCCCCGAGACCCCGAAAUUCGGGGGGGGGGCUCCCCCUGAGGUGAAUUUGGGGUGGGGGGAGGGGUCCCCGGGGGGUCCGGCCCCUCCCCCACCCCAAUUUUGGGUUUUUUGGGGUUUUUGGGCAAUAAAAGGUGACGGAUCUGCAGAGA